AUGUCAUGGCUCUCGACAUCCGGCUUCGAGCCAGCUUUACCGGCUCAUUGCGCACCGCAAAAUGACUUCCUAUUACGCUUUAGCAGUACUUUCCAUACCUGUGUGCCGACGCCGCUGGCAUUUUUGUCAAAUUCUCUGGGUACGCUGAGCAUAAUAUCCUGGCUGUUCGCACAAAUACCGCAAAUCUACAAGAACUAUGCGAUACAGUCGACCUCGGGACUCUCAAUCGGCUUCCUGGUGGUAUGGUGCCUCGGCGAUAUUAGCAAUCUGCUCGGAGCGCUGUUCACCCACCAAGCUUCAUGGCAGGUCACUAUUGGGGCCUACUAUGUGUUCGUUGAUCUCUGCUUGGUCGGGCAAUGGGUGUGGUAUGAAAGACUUCGACAUGGACGACCUGUGUUCAGAGUAUGGAACAGAACAAAUGCAGGACGAGACGAUGAUUUUGAGGGAGCAAAAGGCGCAAUGGAGCAAGUCGUGAUCGAAGGUGCAGACGCUUCGACCAGGCAACAAGCCCAUACGAGACCGCGAAUCAUCUUUCGAACACCGACCUUUCAACGCGAGCCCGAGAAGUCAAGCUAUUCCAACACACCCAACGGCAAUACCAUCUAUCGCGUCGGAGCUUCCUCCUCUCCAAUGCCCUCGCCCUCUCCGCGGACGAUGCUCUUCCUCGCCUGCCUCGUAGCGAUAGCCCAAGCCUCACCCAUCAAGACAGACUCUCCCCCUUCAACCCUUGGCACGACUCCCACACCCCUCGAGACGGCCGGCACGAUCCUCUCCUGGUGCUCGACCCUCCUCUACCUUGGCUCUCGUCUCCCACAGCUCUUCAAGAACUACCGACUCAAAUCCACCGCCGGUCUCUCACCCCAUCUCUUCAUCGCAGCGUUCAUGGGGAAUCUUUUCUACUCUUCCGCACUCGCCACCAAUCCCAACGCCUGGAGCGAUUUUAGUUCCUACGGUGGAGGAGGUUGGGCAGGACCAGAGGGCAAUGAUCGGGCCAAAUGGGUCUUGGCAGCGGCGCCAUUCUUUCUGGGAGCAUUUGGAGUGCUGGGACUUGAUGGGAGCGUAGGUGUGCAAUUCUUGAUGUAUGGAGAGGAGAAGGAGGCGUUUGUAGUUGAGGAGGAGGGUGGGGCGAGUAGAUGGAGGAGAGUCAGUGGAUGGAUGAGAGGAUGGGUACCGGGGAGUUUUGGGGUUGUUAAGACGGUGGAGGGGCAGGCGUUGUUGGACGAUGGGGAGAGGAAUAGAGGGUAUGGUGCGGCAUGA